AGAGAGCCACGAUUACUGCACUGCCCGAGAGAAUUUUACUCAGCCGCUUUUUAACCGCAAAAAUGAAUGGUCCCGACCGGGUUGAUAUGAACCUUCGUCCCCGGGUUAAUACACUUACCUCCCCUAAACUUACGGCGGUUGUCCACGCAAACAAGACACCUGACAAGCAACAGGAGGCUGUCGGUGAGGGGUUGAGACACUCCAAAUGUGUCCUCAAUACCUCUUUCCUGGCCUCACAUGGCGGCGCAGGUGAUGUCCCAGCUCAGAAACAAAGCAGGGCACAUGUGGAUGAGGAACUCUCAAACCGCUGUGAUGGAGUUCUCAUUGAGCUCUAUCAGCUGGCCAUGUUGCAGUGUCAGCGCUACCUCCAUGCUGACAACGGGUUGCACAGACAGGUGGUUGGCCUGGGCUGGGGACUUCUGGCUCUUCUGUGCAAAAAGAAUGGAGUGGUCAGUGAUAAUGAUAUAGCCAACCUUCUACUGCAUAAGAGUCUGCACUCCAAUGGGGCAGAUGCUUGCAGUGCCUUUGACAACCUUGGUAAAGGGACUGCCAAUCUUGCUAGCCUGCUCAUUGCUGGCAAAACCAAGGAAGCUAUUGAACAGGCGAUGAGUCAAGGUUCGUGGCACCAUGCCUUGAUCUUAAACAUCUUAGAAAGACAUGGCCCAUCUGACUGCAUAAUGUCCAGGUUUGUUAAUAAUCUGGAUGAUUCAGAUUUAUUGAAGACCUACUAUCAGGUCAGGCUGGGAGAAAUGCCUUCAGCUGCAUUUGCUUGUGGUGAGGACAGCUGCCAAAACUGGCAUCUGCACCUUGCCAUUGUGGUACAGUUGUCCAAAACCAACCAUCUUCGAAAGACGUCUGUUACAAAGAUGGCAGAAACCUUGGCAUCUAAAGGACAUAAGCACGGCGCACAGUUCUGCCAGAUGGUGCUGCAACAGACGGGAGCACCUCCUGGAGCACUCACUGUAUGCGAUGUUGUGGGGAAGUGGAUGGGUCUUCUGGCAAAUAUGCAAAGCGAGGGUCCCACAGACCGUCCAGAGCAUCCUCUGGACCCUGAGGGUUGA